GUUUUGACUGAAAAUGCCGUCGGUUUCGAAAACGGCGGCGAGCGCUUCUCCUCAAACCGAGAAACCAACCCACUAUACAUAUUUGAAGGAGUUCAGGACCGAGCAGUGCCCGCUGUUUUUGCAGCACAAAUGCACGCAGCAUAGGCCAUUUACUUGUUUUCACUGGCAUUUUCUAAACCAGCGAAGAAGGAGACCGAUCAGGAGAAGAGACGGAACUUUUAAUUACAGCCCUGAUGUAUACUGCACGAAAUAUGAUGAAACGACAGGCAUAUGUCCUGACGGAGACGACUGCCCUUACUUACACCGGACCACUGGUGACACGGAGCGCAAAUACCACCUGCGCUACUACAAGACUGGCACAUGUAUCCACGAGACAGACGCACGGGGGCACUGCGUGAAGAACGGUCUGCACUGUGCCUUCGCCCACGGCCCCCACGAUCUCCGCCCACCUGUCUAUGACAUUCGGGAGAUCCAAGCACAAGAGGCCCUGCAGAACGGCCAGCUGGGCUCUGGGGAGGGUAUUCCGGACCUGCAGCCUGGAGUCCUUGCCAGCCAAGCCAUGAUUGAGAAGACUCUCACUGAGGAUCCACGUUGGCAAGACACCAAUUUUGUUUUGGCCAACUACAAGACAGAGCAGUGUACCAAGCCCCCGCGUCUAUGCAGGCAGGGCUAUGCAUGCCCCCACUACCACAACAGCCGAGAUAGAAGAAGAAAUCCCCGCAAGUUCAAAUACAGGUCGACUCCUUGUCCGAGCGUGAAGCACGGUGAUGAAUGGGGAGAACCAUCAAAGUGUGAGAGCGGAGACACGUGCCAGUACUGCCACUCUCGCACCGAGCAGCAGUUCCACCCUGAGAUCUACAAGUCAACAAAAUGCAAUGACAUGAGGCAGACUGGAUAUUGUCCGAGGGGGCCAUUCUGUGCGUUUGCGCACGUAGAAAGAAUUCCUUCUACAGAGGAGACCAUGAGCACUCUGCUCUCAGUGAUGCAGUCUGGCUCCCAGGCCAAGCUGGGCCCCCAGCAGUAUACUGAGUGUCCCAGCAGUGAGUGGAGCACCACCACCAAUUCCAUCACCAGCAGCAGCAGCAACAACGGCCAGCCACCAAGCGUGUCAUGCUCUAAUAGUCCGACUGUAACGGCAAGCUCAGGAAGCACCAGUUCUUUGUCCCCAAUUGGACCCGUCGGCAGGCCCAAAAGCUUUACUAAUGGUAGCUUAUGUUCAGAGUCCACCACGUCCAGUGUUUCCUCUCCGACGGCUAACUGUGCCAAAGCGCCGGGCUUUGAACGCGAGGAUCAGGUAAAGACCCAGAAAGGCCAGCUUGGAGAAAAUAAUCAGAAGUUAAUGGACCAAGACAAACAGAGCCACAGUGGCGUGUUCUCAGUGGUGAACCCACUGGCAUCCAGCAUCACGUCCAGCAUCACAUCCAGCAUCACGUCCAGCCUAGCCUCCAGUAUUGGGUCGGACAGCUCCUCCCCAACCACCUUAUCCACCAUGAAUGCAAAAGCCACCCCUUUCUAUCCAGGGAGUAACACUGUUGAGUCAGUCAUAGGAUCUGCACUGGACUUGAAUUUCAGUGACAUCAAUGUUGCCUCCCUUGAUAAAGAGCUAGAGGACCAAGACAAUAAUGGCCUUGGUUUAUCGACUCAGAGGUUGCUUGGAGGCUCUGCUCCUGUGAACAUUCCCGGCUCCCUGGCCCGUUCUUCCUCUCUGCAUUCCUCCUCAUCCCUGUCGGCAUCCCCUCUCAGCUCCCUGUCCCAGUCGCUGUCCCAGUCUCUCCUCUCUGGAAUGGCACCGCAGACGAGCCAGACACAGACCGCUGCGCUCAAAACUGACCACGGCCUUCUAGGGACGCCAGCGUCCACACAAAACUCUCUGGGUCUGAAUGGUGGAGCAGGAAGUAUAUGGGACUUUGUGAGCGGCAGUCUGUCGUCCAGCCCAUCGCCUGUGUUCACCAGCCUGGGCUCAGGAGUGGUGCCGUCUGGCAGUGCUGACCUGACUCGCCUGCUCCGUGAACUGGAGGAGGCCAAGCGUAGGAUCAAGCAGUGGGAGGAUGCCUGGCACCAGGUCAAACAGGCAUGCGAGGCGUGGCAGAAGGAUGCCCAGGAGGCGAAGGAGCAGGCACGGUCGGCCGAGGUGGACCGGCAGCUGGCUGAACAGAAGCGCGAGGAUGCAGAACGGCAGCUGACGGAGCUGCAGGGUGACUUCGACUCGCUGUGCCGCUCCCCCAGCACGCACCUCCUGCGCAGCUAUGGAGACCUAGACCAGCUGGCGCUGCCCAAGCUCCAUGCCCUCCAGAGCCAGCUGCGCUCCGACCUGGAGCUCAUUGACGGGGUAAUAUAUCAGCUUCAGUCAAAGAAAUGUAUAGUUUGCCAAAUGCAUGAUCGCUGCAUCGUCCUGCAGCCUUGCCAACAUUAUGUACUUUGUGAGAACUGUGCUCCUAGUAAAACGGAAUGUCCUUACUGUAAGACAAAAAUAUUGAAGUGGUGAUGUACAGCUAUUCAAGGUACUAAAGAUAUAGCCCUUUGAAGAACUACUAAUACAUAUAAUGCUUACAAUUCCUACAGAGCAUUUUUGUGUUUCAGUAUUUCAUAUAGUGAUUAAAUGAUAGUUUUAUUAGAAUCUAAUAAAUGGUGUUUGACUGAUAUAUAAAUCAAGUACUUAAAUGCAAUACAUAUUUUGUACUAGCUAGAUAAUUCAUUUACGUGAUGCAUUACAAGUUCCCUUGAAAAAACUGUCCUGGUGAUCUGAACCAUUGGCCCCGAUUUGACUGUUAAUUACAGAAUCAUCAGUCAAACAUCAUUAUUGCUACUAGCUGAGUGAAGAGAAUUGAUUUCUUGUUUUAAAAAAGCACUUUGUUGACCUGGAAGUUUGUCAAGGGGUAUUUUAGAAAAUUUGCUUUACGCUGCUUUUGUAGUUCUUUUUUUUAAUGAUUAUUAUUUUUUAGAAUUUUUUCUUCCCAGAUACGCUAAUGUAUGAAGCUUUCGUGUGUACUGUGAAACAUGGUAGAAUAUUUCAUAUUUCUUACUGUUAAAUCAUGAUAUAGUAUAUUGCUAGUUUUCAUAUAAAAUAGUACUAAAUGGUAGUUACUACAUUGUUACUUACAUUUUUCAAUCAAAUAAGUGCAAACUUUGAAUGCAUUUUAGGUAUAACCAGCAGCUGUAAUAUCAGUAAGGCACAUACUGUAUGCUAAGGCAUUUAGUAAGUUCUCUCUCUUUAGUGAUUAUUAAUACAUUAUGUAGUUGUUUAAAGGAAUGUGCGCUCUGAAAUCCUUGGAGACACACUGAUAUUUUUGUUUAGGUAGCACUUCUAGCCUAUCAUAUAUGUUUGCUAGAACAUACCUGAUUUAUGGUCACUCGCGCUCUCUCAAGUGCCUUGCCUUCUAGAGUACGUUAAGCAUCUGUGUGGGGUUUAGGAUUGUAGGGCAAACACCCACAGAUCAGUGCUUGUGCAAAAAUUCUACAAAGUAUGUAUUUCUCAUUACUCUCUCUUUUCCACAUUGUGAGUUACUUGAGCAUCUAUCGGCCCCAUUCUAUACUAAGGUGUUUCCUCAAAAUUCAGUAAGUCAGUGGCCGUGCUCAGACACGGACACUGAGCUUAGACCUAACUGAGUCUCCUGCCCCGUUCAUUGUGUUUCUAUGAGCAAUGGUGCUUUUGGGUGCAGCUUCUUAGAAAUGAUAAAUCAUCUUUGAUUUAAAUGUUUAGGAAGAUACAAAUCAGGAAAUAAAUCUGUGCAUUUUGUUGAUUACAAAAAUUAAAACUGGCUUUCUUUUUACAUUUUGUAAUGUUUUAGAAGUAUUUACAGUGCUCUGUAGUGUUUACAGAUAAACAAAACGGUGUUUUAUUUUGCUUUCUUUCCAGAUUCAACAGUGUAAUGUGCUUAGGUUAAUCUAAUUGAAAUGACCUACUACUGUGUUAUCAGAAAUUUUGUUUUUUAGUUUUUGUUUGUUUGAUUUGUUUUUGGUCCUUUAAUAUUACAGCAGUGAGUGUGGUUAAAUAGUCAUGUACACACACAUGCAAAUUUAUUUGAUAAUGAGGAUAAAUGGUUUACUUUUAAAGUGAUUGUGAUGCAGGAUCUAAAGACCAGGCCCAAACUUUUUAUUUCGCAUCGCUGACAUGUAUAUAUUGUUUUCCUCUUAUACAUUGGUAGUUAAAUCAACAAUAUCUUUAUGUAGCUCAUAUUCAUAAUAUUUGGCCAGUUGUGCCACAGAAAAACAAUCAUUUGCAUGACCCAGUGUAAGUUCUGUUCAGAUGGCUCUCUGGAUCACACUGCCAGAUGCGUUGGUGAUGAGUUGUCACAGCAGUAAGGUAUUUGUACAAUUCUUUAAUUCCAAUGGUUUGGAAGCUCUGGAAUGUGUAGUUCUAGGUGGCUGAAAGGAUAUGUUGGAAACAUUUUAUUAUGGAUCACACAGUAGUAUUGUAAUGUUCAAGCAGCUUUUUUUGGAGGUAUUUCAUUUUAAGGUUGGUUGACAGUUUUGUCUUUUUUCAGAGUUCUAUUUUGCUGAGGGAUUAUACCCUCUUUUUGGUUCCUGGAUCUCAGUUUAGGAUUUAGUUAAAGUAAAUAAUGUGUAUGCUGCGUCUGGAAUGUUGCAGGUAAUUUACAGGAAAAAAGGUGUUGUUAAAUCAAACAUUGACUUGAUUCAAAUGAACCAAAGUGGUAUUGUAGUUUCUUUUCCAUUUUUCUCUUUCAAAUUUCAAAUUAAAUGACUUGGAAUUAUUACGAAAGUUUUUUUGAUGUUUAGUUUGACAGGAAGACUAUGCCAACUGCUUUUGCUGACAAUAUUAAUGGAUUUCAAGCUCAUUUCGUAGUUUUACCAAAGAUCUUUACUGUUUUCUUUAAAUGUCUUUUUUCUUUUUUGUCUCUUAAUUUUAUAUUUUAUUUUUUAGCAUUUGAAUGAAUUGAUUAGCAACAUUAUUUUUUAAAAAAUGACCAAAACUAGUUCCUUAUUUACAAUGAGGAGUGCAUUUAAAAGAACUAAUGGAAUUAAACUCUUCAUUUUGUAUAUUUUUAUUUCUUUAGUUAUUCAGUUAAAAUGACAAUAACUUACUGGGCUGUUGAAUUGGCUGUUAUCUAUAGUGAAGGAAUGAUCAUGAAUAUGAAUGAAAUUUGUGUUAAUAUUCUUGAGUGGCCAUAUGGAUUAGUGCUUAUUCAAAGUAUCUAUAAUUUCUUUUUUAUGAUUAGUACUUUAUAGUAAAAUAAUUAAAUCGGCUUUGAAAUGUUAGUGUUUGUGCACAACUUGUAUGCUGUCAGGAAAAGAGUGUAUUUGGACUAUAUGGUGCUUGCUUUAGUUUCCAUCUGACUGAUGUUCGUCUCUCACUUUUUUUUAAAUCCAGAGUUAAACAUGGAAUGCGAUGCUUGUUAUUAAAAAUCUAUUCUUUUAGUGUAUACUGUAAUUUUGCUAAAUGGACUAUGAUUUAACAUUUAUUGUAAAGGGGGCUCUCUGACAACUCUUAAUGGCUGAUGCAGACAAUGGGUUAUCAAAGAGCAUAGGAAUAAAAUUUUGGCCUUGAAUUGCACUUAAACUGGCCUAACAUUUUUGCAUGCCACAUUAAUGAAUCAACAUGCUGUGUGUGAUUAAUUCACUGUAUGUGGUUAUGUAUUUCAGACAACUAAUAGCUGAUGUCCUACAGAAAUUAUAUAUUUGUGUAAGAAACAAAAAUCCUGAACAAAUUUGUGCCUUUGUGUAAAAAUGUUUGUAGUAUUCUUAGAUUGAUCAAGAGGCUUGAUGUCAUCGUAUAAAAUAAGCCAAAUUUUUGUGCCUUGGGAUAUUGGCCCUGUACUCCACAAUGUGCAGGUUUCCUGUUAUCGAUUUCUACACAUUUGUGUUGUUAAUGACUGCUUUUUUGCUUUUAUGAUGUGGGAAAGUCAACUUUAAGCUUCCCUUACAAAUAAGUGUUGCACAUUGCUUGCACAAGCAGUUACUGACACUCAGAAGCAUGUCUUUCGGUACAAAUGUAUUUACUGUCAAAUUACUGUCAUAAAUCAACUGUUAAUUAAUCUGAUCAUUUGGAGUAUGUUUUAGAUGAAGUGAUUACAAUGUGAGUCACUAAUAAUGAUUUUCUGUUUUCCUGCAUUUUUAUGACUGUGUAUAGUUUUUAUUUGUGAAUGAAACUUUGGAAAAAAUGUAGGUGUUAACGGUGAAUUUCCAAAAUUAUUUUACAUAGCAGAAAAUGUCACAGCAUGAACAUUUGUCUGAAAAGCCCCAAUGUCUGUGUCAGCCACACCCCCUACCCCUUCAAUUAGGAAUUAUUGUUCAAAUAACCAUUGCUAUUAUUAAUAAUUUUAAUAUUAGGCAAUGAAAGGCCAGGCAAAGCACCUGGUAAAAAAGUUUGUUAUUUAGCAAUUUGUAAAUUAACUGUAUUGGAGAUGUACCAUAAUGCUCUGCAGUGGAAUUAACCUUUUGUGAAUUGUUUUCUUUGUUUAUUUUUUAUCAAUAUUGUGAUUAUUGAACCAGACAAUUUAUGCAAUCUUGUACAUACAUAUGUAUGAACCUGGUCAAAUUUAGCAAACUAGCUAAGAAACAUAAUACCUAUUACAACAGUAAACAUUUGUAGGAAACAAAAUACCACAAUUGGAACUGCAGUUCCAUGUAAUUAAUGUUAUGGUUAUUCUAACAUUUGAAACCCUGAAUAUUGAAUGUACCAUUCAAAUUUAAUAUAAAGUGGGUCACUGGAAAGGGGAAAAACCAUGGAGAGUAGUUGAUCUAUGAUGUAGCACUAGUUUUUGUGAACUGCGAUAAAUGACAAAUAAAUUUAUAAGUUAAACUCAA